AUGGCACUUGAAUUCUUUCGCUCGAGACUUGAACCUUAUACCGGUGAAAAUUACUUCCAAUGGAAUUUUGCUAGAGAGGACGAGUUGUCUUGUUCGUUUGACAAAAUGGCGGAGUCUUCACUACAGUGUAAACAAGUCGACCAAAGGAGCGCUGCCAAACGCAGCUAUCUGGGGAAAUUUGCAGACAUAACAUCCCUUUUUCUACACAGGGUAUGGAAUACUGCCUUUGCAAGCUCUAAAGAUGAUAAAGCAUCGGCUGAUUUAGCGGUACAACGUAUACAAAACAACAGUGAAUGUGUUUAUUUCGACUUUGACCCGUUUUGGCUGAACUGGCUUGUCAAGGGUACUUAUACUCAGAUAUGCACGAAAGACUUCCUUGGUGUCACUAAACACUCAUUGGGUGUGUUAAGAACCCAAAGCCAGCAUCUCCAAGGAUUACAAGACUGGGAAAUUGUCAAACAACUCAAGUUCAUUUUACAUGGCCAACAAGAAGAAAAUACAAAAUUUCUUGGAUGUAUUUUGCAAUUAUUAUCCGACCAGAUGUGGGCAACCGCGCGAUGCCUUUGGCUGUCAGCCUGCGACCGGAUUGGUAACAGUUCAAAAACAACAAUGUCGGCUGCUAAUCCACCAAGAGAGAGUUUAUCCCCAGUGGAAGCCAUACCCACCAGCACAUCAGUGUGUACUCUCUUCAUGUGCGAAGUUGGCAACCUUCCACAACUUGUGACAGAUGCAAGCGAGUAUGCUGUCACUACAACAUCUGACAUGAUCAACAAUGCUGUGCUCCUCUUCGUACCAUUAGAAUUAUUAGAGGAAACAACUCAACUUCUCAAGAGUGCUGUUAGUGUUUCUUCUGUGGCGACAGGAGACAUUCUCUGGCAACUUGUUGAUUAUGUAACAACAUGGAGACUUGAUGUAGCAGAGGACUUGAACAAUCUUCAAGAAAUUGAUUAUGUAGCAGUCAAUGAUGAAGACUUUCAUUUUGUUGUGAAUAUGCCAAACCUGAAGAGGCCUAUUUUGUUUAUUGGGGUUCGCUAGAUUCCUUAUUGAUCAUAGAAUGCAUACUUUUAAGAAAUUUUUCCAUAUUGGAAGUACUUAUUUGAUUUGAAAUAUUGAAUCAUGUGUGAAUUGUUUAUCACUGACUUCCAUUACAUGGUAACUUCAAUAAUAGGCUUUGACAUAAAUUUGAUGUUUCAAGAUCAUGAAAGCUGAUUUACUUAAUGAAUGCACUACAAAGAGGUUUUCAGUGUAAAUGUGAAAAAAAGGUAAAUCUAGAAAAGUUUUGAAAAUGAUAUGCAGUCAACUGUAUCCUAACCUACAGAAUAACUGUUAAUCACCCCUGUAUGUCAUGAAUUCAAUCUGUUUUUACAGGGUAGUAUUAGGGAAAUACAAACUGUUUUUACAGGGUAGUAUUAGGGAAAUACAAACUGUUUUAACAGGGUAGUAUUAGGGAAAGGGACAUUGGAAACACAGCCCCAUCCCCCUUCGGCUACCAAACAAAAACAGCGAAAUGAAUAGAGACAUUGGGGUGCCCCACAAUAGUCGUAAUUGUUUUAAAAGCCAUAUAGUGUCAGUCUGCUGGCGAGAACUGCUAAUUUUAUAGGGCAAGGCGUGCCACGAACCAUCCUCACCCAAUCACGGCUUAAAGGAAAAAAGCUUUUUCGUAGAGACAACAAAGGAUUACCUACCACCCCUGGAAUAGUUUCCCCAUAAGGAAUCAAAAUGUUCGGGCAUCAAACCCAGAAAUCGAAAGAUAAUUUUAACAAUAAAUACUCCUAUAAAAACCUUA